CUGGACUGCAGACUCGGGACGGUGGCAGGCAGGCAGCGGCGCCCGGGCUCAUCCUGCCUCCUUCUUCCCUCGGAAGCCCUUUCCUCCCGCUUGCCGGCAGCUGUGCGCGGACUUGCUGGCCUCCAGCCGCGCUCCUUGCAGCGACAAGCUGAUCCUGUUGAUAAUCCAUAAAAUCCUGUUCCUGGUGGGAAAUCUGGACAUUAAAAGUUUUUCCAGUGUUUCAUCCAGUGCACAGAUUGGAGGCUCUUUCCGGGUUGCAGGGUGGUCACAAAAUUGAGGAGGCAAACCCCUGGAGAUCGGCAUUCCGUGCUGCGAAGUUGUCGAGCGGCGAGAGGAAUGUGCGUCCCUUUUGACGGCAGUCUGUGGGCCUGAGCCCAAGAGCAGAAUGUGAAAAGGAAUGGUGAAAUCCUGGCAGCACAGAGGCGACAGAGAAUCAUGAUUGCAUGAACUUCCCCCUGCUCGUCUUGUUCAUUGGAUGCUAAUACAGAAUGUGGAGGGUGACAUUGAAGGUUGCCUUGCUCCCGUUGCGUUUCUCUGGUCUGGAGGGGGCAACCGAUUGCCAUGGUGACCCUGCCCACGCUCUCCUAGCAACACCCAGUUAACUGGAGGCCAAGAAGAAGUGUUUCGCCCUCGGUUCUAACUGGAUCGGAAGUUGCGUCCUCCAUCUCAAGGAGAAGAUGAAAUUUCCAUUCUAUUGGCCCUUGGUCCAACGGGCGCAAUAGCCUUUCCUCCUGGAGCCUUGCCGGUAAAAACCGCCUUGGUUAUGGCUACUGAUCCAACGUGAUAAGAGGGGCAGCACCAACUCUUGGACUCAUGACCGGGUAUACCAUGUUGCGGAAUGGAGGGGUAGGCAAUGGAGGCCAACCCUGGAUGCUGCGAUGGUCCAGCCGCAUUCGACUUACCUGGCUCAGCUUCACCUUGUUCAUCAUCCUGGUCUUCUUCCCCCUCAUCGCCCACUACUACCUAACCACCAUAGACGACGCGGACGACGCCGGCAAGCGCAUCUUCGGGCCGCGCACGGGCAACGAGCUUUGCGAGGUGAAGCACGUCCAGGACCUCUGCCGCAUCCGAGAGUCGGUGAGCGAGGAGCUGUUGCAGCUGGAAGCCAAGAGGCAGGAGCUGAACAGCGAGAUCGCCAAACUGAACCUCAAGAUUGAAGCCUGCAAAAAAAGCAUUGAGAACGCCAAGCAAGACCUCCUGCAGCUGAAGAAUGUCAUCAGCCAGACGGAGCACUCCUACAAAGAACUCAUGGCGCAGAACCAACCCAAGCUCUCCCUGCCCAUCCGGCUGUUGCCGGACAAGGACGACUCCAAUUUCCCCCUGCCAAAAUCCCACAGGAGCUGCCGGCUACACAACUGCUUCGACUACUCCCGCUGCCCGCUGACUUCCGGCUUCCCCGUGUAUGUCUACAACAGCGACCAGUUCGAUUUCGGGAGCUCGUUGGACCCCUUAAUUAAGCAAGCCUUUGAAUCCACUGUCAGAACGAACGUGUACGUUACUGAAAACGCAAACAUUGCCUGCUUGUACAUAAUCCUCGUGGGCGAAAUGCAGGAGCCCGUCAUGCCAAAACCUACUGAACUCGAGCAACAGUUGCACACACUGCCCUUUUGGAGGACUGACGGGCACAACCACCUGAUCAUCAACUUGUCCAGGAAGUCAGAAACUCAGAACUUCCUUUAUAACGUCAGCACCGGCCGGGCCAUGGUCGCCCAGUCCACCUUUUACGAUGUACAGUAUCGCCCGGGUUUCGAUAUUGUGGUCUCCCCUCUUGUCCACGCCAUGUCCGAGCCCAAUUUCCUAGAGAUCCCGCCCCAGGUGCCGGUCAAGCGAAAAUACCUGUUCAGUUUCCAAGGGGAGAAGGUGGAGUCUCUCCGGUCCAGCUUGCAAGAAGUACGCUCCUUCGAAGAAGAAAUCGAAGGCAACGCCCCUGCGGACUAUGACGACAGGAUCAUUACCACCCUGAAGGCUGUCCAAGACAGCAAGCUGGACUUUGUCUUGGUGGAAUUCACCUGUAAGAACCAGCCGAAGGCAAGCCUGCCCACUGAGUGGGCUCUUUGUGGAGAAAGGGAAGACAGACUAGAGCUACUGAAACUAUCUACUUUUGCACUGAUAAUCACCCCGGGGGACACCCACCUUGUCAUCUCCGCCGGGUGCGCAAUGCGUCUUUUUGAGGCCCUGGAAGUUGGGGCGAUCCCGGUGAUCCUAGGGGAGCAGGUCCAGCUGCCCUACCACGAUGUGAUCCGGUGGAACGAGGCAGCCUUAAUCAUACCAAAGCCACGUAUCACGGAAGUGCACUUUCUCCUGCGGAGUAUCUCCGACAACGACCUCCUGGCCAUGAGGAGGCAGGGCCGCUUCCUGUGGGAGACCUACUUUUCCACCUCGGACAGCAUCUUCAGCACGGUUCUAGCCAUCAUAAGGACUCGAAUCCAAAUCCCGGCCGUCCCCAUCCGGGAGGAGGCUGCGGUGGAGAUCCCCCACCGGUCCGGAAAGGCUGCUGGCACAGACCCCAACAUGGCCGACAACGGGGACUUAGACUUGGGGCCGGUGGAGACGGAGCCGCCGUACUCCUCGCCCAAAUACCUGCGCAAUUUUACCCUCACCGCCAUGGAUAUUUACAGAAACUGGAACUCGGCCCCUGGCCCUUUCCACCUCUUCCCCCACACACCCUUUGACCCUGUCCUGCCAUCGGAAGCCAAGUUCCUCGGAUCUGGGACCGGGUUCCGGCCCAUCGGAGGAGGAGCUGGCGGCUCCGGGAAGGAGUUCCAAGCCGCGCUGGGGGGCAACGUCCCCAGGGAGCAGUUCACCGUCGUCAUGCUGACCUACGAGCGAGAGGAAGUGCUCAUGAACUCCCUGGAGAGGCUCAAUGGCCUCCCCUACUUAAACAAAGUGGUGGUGGUCUGGAACUCUCCCAAGCUGCCGUCAGAGGACCUCCUGUGGCCGGACAUCGGCGUCCCAAUUGUGGUGGUGCGCACAGAGAAGAACAGUCUGAACAACCGCUUCCUGCCCUGGGAUGAGAUUGAGACGGAGGCCAUCCUGUCCAUCGACGACGACGCCCACCUGCGCCAUGACGAGAUCAUGUUUGGAUUCCGGGUCUGGAGAGAAGCCAGGGACCGCAUUGUCGGCUUCCCUGGGCGCUACCACGCAUGGGACAUCCCUCACCAAUCCUGGCUGUACAACUCCAAUUACUCCUGUGAGCUCUCCAUGGUGCUGACAGGCGCUGCCUUCUUCCACAAGUACUAUGCCUACCUAUAUUCCUACGUGAUGCCCCAGGCCAUCCGAGAUAUGGUAGAUGAAUACAUCAACUGUGAGGACAUCGCUAUGAACUUCCUGGUCUCUCAUAUCACCAGGAAACCACCUAUCAAGGUGACGUCCCGCUGGACCUUCCGCUGCCCCGGCUGCCCCCAGGCCCUCUCCCACGACGACUCCCACUUCCACGAGCGGCACAAAUGCAUCAACUUCUUCGUCAAAGUCUACGGCUACAUGCCUUUGCUCUACACCCAGUUCCGCGUGGACUCCGUCCUCUUCAAGACCAGGCUGCCCCACGACAAGACCAAGUGCUUCAAGUUCAUCUAGGCCUGCGUGGAGACGCGUCUGUGUGCGUUGGCUGCGGACUUCUGGAUCGAGGCCGGAGGCAAGGAGGGAGGCUGGAAGGGUUUCCUCCUCCGGCUGCUGCUCCUCAUCCCCUGGGACAGGCGCCACUUUCUGCCUGAGGAGAAGGACACAGCGGUGGCUCCCGCCAUCUUGUGCCAGCCCCACGGGGACGUUAUGCCGUGGGGCACCACCCAUUAAAGACUCUGCUUGGUAUUGUGUACUGAGGAAAAACUGAGACUGGUUAGUCCCCCAGGUAGUGGGUUAGCCAAGGGCAAAACUGGGGUUUUUAAAAUAUUAAUUAUUAUUUAAAAUGGAAGUGUUUUAGAUAUGCCUGGUAAGGCUUUCUAUAUUUUUUUUUUCAGAAGGUGGGAGGGGGCUGCUGGGAGGGAGGGGAUAUUUCCUGUUUGUUUUGCCCCUGGCCCGUUGCUUGGGGAGAAACAGAGGCCCAAGGAAGCUGCGUCCAACACCCUCUGCCCACCCCGGCCAAUACCCCAGAUUUCUUUCUUGUUCUCGAGGAGGGAAGACCUGGCCACCUGAGGCCUCCAUCUGUUUGCUUCUUAGUGAGACCGGCUUGGGAUUUCCUGGAGGAAACCGUGGAUCCCUUUCCGCUGAAAAAUACCCUCUCCCUGCGGCUGCCAAGGAGCGGAGCGAUUCCACGGAGCUUCUUGCCUCUACUCCCGCCUGCGCUAAAGGAUCCUGCCGCAUCAACCUUUUUUUGUGGUGACCCAGCCACCCAGCGGCGCCUUUCCCAGCUGCGGGUGCCCCUGGCGGAAAAUGGGUGCCCUUUCCCUGCCGCUUCCUUGCAGGCUCGGGGGGGGGGCUGCUUCUCUCUGUGCCACGUGGGGGCAUUGCGUAAGCGCCCCACCUCCCUUUGCAGAAGCUCAAAGGUCUUAAUCUAAGCAUCGCUUGUGCAGCGUGGGAAGUUUCCGGUCUGCAGGCGAGGGCAACGCCAGGGUGACUGCAGGCGAGUCGUUUGGGAGUGCGGGUUAAGUUUUCUUUUAGAUGUGGCCUCUUAGGGAUUCUUCAACAAGAUGCACACACACUCAUAAUGGGUCUGUGGUGUGUUCCAGAUGAAAGGUGCUGUAUUCCUGCUCAUUAAGUGUACCCUAAAUUCAUCCUCUGUCUCAAGCAAUCAUGUCUGGUCUCAACAGCUCUCUUGGUCCCGAUGCCUAAAACUGCCCUUCUUCUCCUUCUCCCUCCUGUUCCCUUUUUUCCUUUAUGGCUCUUGGGACUGGGGGGCCGGCAGCCACUGGAGAGCGACAGGCGAGUGGUCUACUCCCCAGGAGCGCUGGACCCCACGCGAGACUGCACACAAAUUAAUAUUAUUAUUCUAAAGAGUGCAGGCCGUCUCUGCCCCCCCCAAUUGCUUUCAAGCUACUUCCACACAGAGUUUUGCUUCUGCAGGGUGCCUUUUCUAGAAAGGCUCUCGCUUCAACAUCACAUUGGCAAAGUAGGCCAUUGUGUGCAGUCUUUGCAAAACUAUAAGAGAUGGUGCGGAACAACUUGCUGCCCCCCACCCCGGCUGCAAUUUAGAUUCCCCUUCCCUUUUUUAUUUAUAGGAAGGCAGUAAUGAAAUAGCCGCCUUCCUGUAGCAUCCGGGAAGGUUGGCAGUCCCCUUGAUAAAUUCUCCCACUGCGAUUCCUGUCCUGGGGUCCUGAUUUUUGCAUGUUGUGGGUGCUGGUUGGAGCUCUGAAGGCAAAAGGUAACCAUCACCCUCUUGUGGGAAUGCAGGUGGGAGGGGGGCUCCCUGUGCUCCAUUUUGGCAGGAAGCGCAUUUGCUCGCUGGCAUGUUUGAUGGCUGCGACUCACGAAUGUUUACAGACCUCUCUGUUCUUUUUUGGAUAGUCUUCAGGGACUGCAAUUCCCACUUUGCAUUUUCAAAAGGAGAUUCUCUCUCUUUUUCACCCGGUAACCCAAUAAUGCAGACUGUCGCCAUGCGAGGUGAAAUGCAGCGGUGGGAACAAAGGGCAAAGGUGGCUGUCCCAACGGAAGCGGGUUCUCCUUAGGCAGCCCCCGUCCCACUUCGAAGCCACAAGUCUCGUUCUCCCCAUGCUCUGCCUCCUGCCUGGAAGAAUGAAUAAUCCUUGGCCAGGGCAAAAGAGGUGGUGGUACAUAAAACAGAUUCUCCCUGGUGAUCAGCCUCCCUCACGUGUCCACCACAUGUGCAGGCCUCCUCUGUUGGGCGCGCAAGGCUCAAAAGGAAGCAAUGUGCAGAUGGUCUCUCCGUAUGGUGCGGGCACCCCAAACUCGGCCCUCCAGGUGUUUUGGGACUACAACUCCCAUCAUCCCUAGCUAACAGUACCAGUGGUUGGGGAUGAUGGGAAUUGUAGUCCCAAAACAUCUGGAGGGACAAGUUUGGGGAUGUCUGAUCUAGUGGAAGGGAACGUGACAUGAAAGGAACUUCAUCUCUCCCCGUCCACGAUAAGCGUCGCCCCUCCUGUUCCCCCCAAUGCAUUUAAACCUCUGUAAGGUGCCAACAUCCACUCAAGAAUGUGUUUACAUGGUUCCUCCUCCUCAUCCUCCUUUGCUGUGCUGCUUGGAGGUUACCCAACUUGGACCCCCACCCAAAAAAAGGCACAGGCUGCUCUCCCUCCUGCUCUGCCUGCAGUGUUCUCUGACCUCCGUCAGAUGUAUGGAAACCCAUAUUAGAACCACAAUGCACAGUUCAAACACACGCAAGCACUCGCUCUUUUUGGAACACGACCAGGUUUUUUUUAUUAUAAAAAAAAAACCACACACAUACACACGUGCACUUUGGGCUUUUUAAAAUAACCGGGGCUGUUUUUUAAUGGCCCCCUUCAAUGCUGCAAUCAUCCCACAUGGAGAUUUCUAAAAAGAUAACCUUAGCAGGCCAAGGUGGAGCCUUGCCGUGCCGUCCUCUUCAUGUUAUGCUAGGUUUGUGGGGUUUUUUUCUGCCGGGAAAAGGAGUCUGUUGAUUAUUGGACCCAUCCCUCAGGAUGAUUGGCACCUGGGCAGGAGAAGGAAGCGGUUAGGUGAGUCCCUUUCGUCUGGAGGCAAGUCCAGUGGCUUUUGCCAGACCCUGAACACCCGUGUUGGUGCCAUUCCUCCUAAGAGGCCGCCGUCCUCCGCUGCUCAAAAUGGUGGCCCCUUUUCAUUUCUUUGAGGAUAUAGGAAAAGGUGGGGUCUGCAUGAAGAGGGAGGGGGCUUCCUCAUUCAAGGCCUUCUGGCAUCUCUGCAAGCGGGUGCAGCUGCUCAAUUUUAUUUUCUCUGCUCUCCCCUGCCCAGCGCAACAGCCAUUUGCGGGCCCUCUACCCCUUGCCACUAUGAAUGUGUUUUAAAAGCUCUGUGAGCACCAAAUUUUAAAAGACGGGAAAGCAAAAAGUGGGGUGGGGGGGGAGAAUCUAAAACCUUGACACGAGCACAAUUGUUCAUAUGUUGAAUUUUGUAAAAGGGUGAAAUAAACUCAGUUUAACUUGAA